AGAUUAAGAUCUUUCCAACAGCAGCUGCCGCUUUUCAAUAGAAAAACACAUUUCAUUGGCGGGCAAGACAAUUAUAAUUGUCUGACCGCAUUGUGUAUGUAAAGUUGAGUCGCCUUAUGAACCACCUGUUUCACGCUAAUACGAAAUCUUUCAGAGUAUUCAAGUCGUAGAUCGCGCCUUCAGGUUCCUCGCAAUCUUGUUUCAUUACUCAAAUCAAUGAAAUAGCAGACAUGCUGAAAUCUGAAAAUGAAAGUUUCCGUACGGAGACAUUGAUAGCUCACAAUCAGUACAGAGCCCAGCAUAGUGCGACACCUUUGAGUUUAUCAUUUCAACUUUGCGAUGGUGCUCAACAAUGGGCUGAGCAUUUGGCUGAGAGCGAUUUGUUUGAACGUAGUCCCGAGAACGACCAUUACAGUGAAAAUAUAGCGUGCACAUGGGGCUCACAUCUGACUGGAACCUUAGUGUCACGGAUGUGGUAUGAAGAAGGAAAAGAUUAUGAUUACAGCAGAGACACCCUAAAUAAAUUUACCCAGAACUUCACACAGUUGCUUUGGAAGGAAUCACGUGAGCUAGGAGUGGGUCGUGCUCGAAGUAAACAUGGAAAGGAGAUUAUUGUUGCGAGGUAUCACCCCCCUGGAAAUACUAAUCAUUAUACUGCUAAUGUGUUGAAGAAAUCAGAUUCCCUGAUACAACCCCCCCACCUUGUGGAUACAUUGGCAUUGAAGCGUAUUCCAGGUCUUCAGCAGUUUCAAGAGGAUUGUCUGCUGGCCCAUAACAGGUAUCGUCAAAGGCACAGAGCGGCGCCGUUGCAAUGGUCAUACAAGCUGGCAUACGAGGCCCAGAAAUGGGCAAAACAUUUAUUGGAUACUGGAAGUUUCACGCACAGUGAGAAUAUAGCGUAUGGGGAAAAUUUGGCAGGACGGAAAGGAUACGACUUGAAUGGAAAGAAGGCGGCAAAACUGUGGUACGAUGAAUCAAAGUUGUUUGAUUAUGAGCAAGCGUCGUUUUCUCCUGAUACAGGAAAUUUUACCCAGUUGAUAUGGCGAGGCAGUCGGUAUUUUGGCGUUGGCAAGGCAUACAGCAACGACAUGUGUAUCGUUGUGGCGUAUUAUUUUCCUCCGGGAAACAUCGUGGAAGAAUUCAAAGAAAACGUGGGUAUUCUUGAGGACAGCGUUGAUGGCGUUGUGGUCAAUGAGGUGGCGACAAAAGGGAUGAUGGCUGAGUAUAGUCAAUGUGAGUUGGAGAAAUUCCGCACCGAGUUUAUUGUUUUUGUCAAUUAUCUUCGAGCACGUCACGCCUCUCCUCCGCUGACUGUAUCGCAUUUGCUUAUGAACAACGCUCAAAAUUGGGCCGAUCAUUUAUUACGAUCAGGAAAGAUCACGUACAGCAACGAUGAAAACACGGGUGAGAGUAUUGCUUAUGCUGAAAGGGAAGAUUUGACUGCCUUCAAGGUAAGUCAUCGCUGGUACGGUGAGAUACAAAAUCACGACUUUUCUAAUGCAAACCCGAACCCAGAAACCUUAAAUUUCACACAACUGGUAUGGCACGAUAGUCGGGAGAUAGGUGUUGGAAAAGCAGUUGGUAAGGAUGGGUUCUCUGUGGUGGUAGCACAUUACAGUCCUCCAGGAAACAAAGAAGGAUUUGUUGGAGGAAACGUCGGAAAAUUGUGCAGUGCAGAUCUUAAAGAAGUCGCAUACAUAAAGAAAAGGAAGUACGACGAGAAUGCAAAUGUGGUCGAGGAUCGUGAGAAGAAAAACGGACUCUCCGGGAUCAUGUUACCGUCAAGGGACGAAGAAACGUUUGUACUAAGACCAUCUAGUGGUGAAUUCAACCAACUUGUGUGGAUUGAUCGCUCGGCAACACCUUCCGGCACGAAGCAAACUGUGGUAAAUGGCGAAGUGAUAAUGAAGGAGAACAACCAAGAACAUGAAUACGAAAGUCCACCCCCAAGUCCUUCUAGAGCGGUCGACCAAAUAGAAAAACUUCUGACGAACACCAGGCAGAAGUGGGAGAACGAGUCUAGCGAAGAAGAAGACAAUGAAGAAGGGCGGGAACCAAGAAGAGCUGAUUUAAAUGAAUACGUCGUUCUUAGUAAAUCAACGUCUCGCGAAGACAUCGGAAGUGAAGAAGGGUCGGUUUAUAAACGUUUAAGUCGUACCUUUAGCGACGAAAUGGAAUUCACACGACAGGAAAGUGUUGCAGAAGAGGGGGAAGAAGAUGAAGAGGUACCGCUAUCCAAAAAUGGCAGAGAUAAGGUUGACAAUGAAGCAAAAAUGGAAGGUGAAACAGCCACCGUUUCAGAGGAUGCAAAGCAAUAUGAUGCUAAUGUUGUGCAAAGUCCUCUAGUCUUAAGAAAAAGCGAGAAAUAUGUACAUCAAUACGACAAAGACUUCGGACAGGUAAAAGAAGCGUCAAUUGUAAUACGCCCUACAGCGAGAGAAGACAAAGAAACGGAGGAUUGGCAAGCUAUUGAUGACAUUCUACACAGUCCUAGGCUAAGAAAUUCACAGGAGAUCGAGGAUGAAAGAUUAGAACAACAUGAUUAUGACGGUCAACAAGCUGUUUUACGGCGAAUAGAAGGCGAAAAUCAGAGAACCUCAACUGCGGCUGAUGGACAAAUCGCAAGAACUGGUCAAGGCUUUCCUGUGUUGGAACACGUUGUUACAACAACAUUUGCGAGAACAGUUGAUCAUGGCGUUAUUGAUGAGGAGUUUAAUAGUUUGUUUUCUGAAGAUACUGUGGACGAUCAGCUAGCAACCGAAAGACAAACAGCACAAUAUCCAAUAUAUCCUUCUUCAAGCAUAAACUUCGAGGAGAAUAUUUGUGACGAUAACGAUGUUCCUUCUCCGGUGGAAUCACUUGAGAAUGAAAGAACAGAGUUAGAACCGAUCGAACAUUUAAAUAUACAAAAGGAAACAAGAGAGUAUUCGUAUGCCCUGUCCGAAGAUACGUUCUUUUUCGAGGAUGAGGAGGAGAAAACAAUGGAACUACAACCCUGCGUGAAAUCUGAGGAACAGAUAGCAGUAGAAAAGGACGUGACAAUUGAGAAAGAUAUAGCAGUUACUGUAGACGUGCCAGAUGAAGAAGCUGUACCUUUUGAAGAAGAAUUGACAGUUGAAGAGGAUUUGCGUUAUGAAGAAGACGUCACAUUUGAAACUGUAUUAGUUCAUGAAGAAGGCGAAACAACUGAAGAAGACGUAACUGUUGAAAAAGAUGCACUAGGUGCCGACGUACCAGUUGAGGACGCACCGGCAGAGGUAGAUGCACCAAUUCUAGAUGACGUAGAAGUGAAUAGGGAUGCAGGUGACGUCACGAUUAAAGAGGAUGUACUAGUUGAAGAAGACGUACCAGAUAAAGAUGUACUUGGUGAGAAAGACGUACCAGAUAAUGAUUUACUAGGUGAAGAUAAUGUUGAAAGAGAUUUAUCAGAUGAAAGAGACGUACUAGUUGACGACGUCGCAGUUGAAGAGAUCACAAUAGUUGAAGAAGAUUUAGCAGUUGAAGAAGAAGUAAGAGUUGAAAAGGAUUUACGUGUUGAAGAAGAGGUACCAGUUGAGCAAAAUGUAGCAGUGGAAGAAGAUUUAUCAUUUGAAAAAGAAGCAAGAGUCGAAGAAGACUUACUAGUUGAAGAUGACGUGCCAGUUGAAGAAGAUGUGUUGGUUGAACAGAAUAAAGCAGUGGAAUUUGACGUUCAGGUUGAAGAAGAUGAAAAAGGUGAACCAGUGGUAUAUGAUUUACCAUUUGAAGAAUAUUCAAAAGUUGAAAAGGAUGAACUAGUUCAAGAAGACGGGCCUGUUAAAGACGAUGAGCCAGUCGAAAAAGAUGCGCUGGUUAAAGAAAAUGUACCGGUUGAAGAAGAUGUAUCAGUUGAAGAAGUUGAAACAGUUGAAGAAAAAGUACCGUUUGAAAAAGAUUUACCUUUUGAGGAGGACACAAGAGCUGAAAGAGACGUGUUGGUUGAAAAAGAUGUUCCAUUCGAAAAAGAUUUGCCAUUUAAAGAAGUAGAAGAAGUGAGAAUUGAAGAAGAAGUAAGAAUUGAAGAAGAAGUAAGAAUUGAAGAAGUAGAAGAAGUAAGAAUUAAAGAAGAUAUACUGGUUGAAAAAGAUGUUCCAGUUGAAGAAGAUGAACCAAUUGAAGAAUAUGUACCGGAUGAAGAAGAUUUGCCAGUUAAAGAAAAUGAAGUUGAAGAAGAUGUACUCGUUGAAGAGGAUGCACCAGUGGAAGAAGAUUUACCAGUUGAAAAAGACAUACGAGUUGCACAAGACGAACUAGUUAAAGUGGAUAUGCCAGUUGAAGAGAGUAAUUCAGUCGAAGAAGAUAUUUCGGCUGAGAAAGAUGCACCAGUUGAAGAAGAUGUACCAGUUGAAGAAGAUGCACCUGUUGAAGAUAUUCCUAUAUUCGAAGACGAUUUUCCGUUUAAGGAGGAUGUAGUAGUUGUAGAAGAAAUAAGAGUUGAAGAUGAUGUACUAGUUGAAAAAGAUGUACCAGUUAAAGAAGAUGAACCAGUUGAAGAAUAUGUGCCAGAUGAAGAGAAUGCGCCAGCUAAAGGGAAUGUAGAAGUCGAAGAAGAUGUUCUCGUUGAAGAGGAUGAGCCAGUUGAAGAAGUUGUACCUGUUGAAGAAAAUGUAUCUGUUGAAGAUGAUCUGGUCGAAAAAGAUUUGCCGUUUAGAAAAGAUGUACUAGGUGUAGAAGAAGUAACAUUUGAAGAAGAUAUACUAGUUGAAAAAGAUCUACCACCAGUUGAAGAAGAUGAACCACUUGAAGAAGAUGUGCCAGUUAAAGAGAAUGUAGAAGUCGAAGAAGAUGUAUUCGUUGAAGAGGAUGUACCAGUGGAUGAUGAUUUACUAGUUGAAGAAGAUUUACCAGUUGAAGAAGACGUAAGAGUUGAAGAAGACGCAAGAGUUGAAGAAGACGAGCAGGUUGAAGUAGAUAUGCUGGUUCAGGAGGAUAAUUCAGUCAAAGAAUAUAUUUCGGUUGAAGAAGAUGUACUAGUUGAAAAAUAUUUACCAGUUGAAGAAAAUGAACCUGUUGAAAAAGAUAAACCUGUUGAAAAAGAUAAACCUGUUGGACAAGAUAUACCAGAUGAAAAAAAUGUGCCAGUUAAGGAGAAUGUAGCAGGCGAAGAAGAUGUACUCGUUGAAGAGGAUGUACCAGUGGAAGAACAUUUACCAGUUGAGGAAGAAAAACUAGUUGAAGUAUACAUGCCACUUGAAGUGGAUAAUUCAGUCGAAGAAGAUAUUUCGGUCGAAGAAGAUGUGCUAGGUGAAAAGGAUUUACAAAUUGAAGAGCAUGAGGCAGUUGAAGACGAUAUACCGGUUAAAAGUGAUGUAUUGAUUGAGGAUGAUUUACCAGUUGAUGUAGGCGUUGGAGUUGAAGAUGAUAAACUAGUUGAAGAAUGUGUACCAUUUGUAGAAGCAGUAAGUGUUAAAGAGGACCUACUAGUUGAAAAAGAUAAACUAGUUGAAAAAGACAUAGGAGUUGAUGACGAUGCACUAGUUGAAGAAGAUGUACCAAUUGAAGAAGAGAAAAUAUUUGGAGAAGAUGAACAACUUGAAAAAGAUAUACCAGAUAAAGAAAAUGUGACAGCUAACGCUGAAGAAGAUGUGCCAGUUAAGGAGAAUAUUGGAGUCGAAGACGUUGCAGUCGUUGAAGAAGAUGUACCGGUGGAAGAAGAUUUACCAGUUGAAGAACACGUGAGAUUUGCAGAAGACGAACAGGUUGAAUUAGAUAAAACAGUUGAAGAGGAUGAUUCAGUCCAAGAAGAUAUUUCGGUUGAUGAAGAUAUAGUAGUUGAAAAGGAUUUACCAGUUGAAGAAGAUGAACCAGUUGAAGAAGUCGUGCCUGUAGAAGAAAAUGUACUUGUUGAUGAUGUUCCAGUCGAAGAAGAUAUGCCGUUUAAAGAAGAUGCACCAGUUGUAGAAGAAGUAAGAGUUGAAGAAGAUAUACCAGUUGAAGAAUAUGUGCCAGAUGAAGAAGAUGAACCAGUUGAAGAAUAUGGGCCAAAAGAUGUACAUGUUGAAGAGGAUUCACCGGUGGAAGAAAAUUUACCGGUUGAAGAAGACAUAAGAGUUGCAGAAGGCGAACUAGUUGAAGUAGAUGUACCAGUUGAAAAGGAUUUAUUAGCCAAAGAAGAUGAACCAGUUGAAGAAGUUGAACCAGUUGAAAAAGAUGUACCUGUUGAAGAUGUUCCAGUCGAAGAAGAUUUGCCGUUUAAAGAAGAUGCAUUAGUUGUAGAAGAAGUAAGAGCUGAAGAAGAUAUACUAGUUGAAGAAGAUGUACCACCAGUUCAAGAAGACGAGCUAGUCGAAGAAUAUGUGCCAUAUGAAGAAGAUGACCCACUUAAAGAGAGUGUAGAAGUCGAAGAAGUUGUACUAGUUGAAGAGGAUGUACCAGUGGAAGAUGAUUUACCCGUUGAAGAAGACGCAAAAGCUGUAGACGACGAACUAGUUGAAGUAGAUAUACCAGUUGAAGACGAUAAUUCAGUCGAAGAAGAUAUUUCAGUUGAAGAACAUGUACUAGUUGAAAAGGAUUUAGUAGCCGAAGAAGAUGAACCAGUUGCAGAAGUUGAACCAUUUGAAGAAGUUCUAUAUGUUGACGAAAAUGUACCUGUUGAAGAUGUUCCAGUCGAAGAAGGUUUGCCUUUCAAAGAAGAUGUACUAAUUGUAGAAGAAGUAAGAGUUGAAGAAGAUGUACUAGUUGAAAACGAUUUACCAGUUGAAGAAGAUCAACCAGUUGAAGAACAUGUGCAAGAUGAAGAGGAUGUCCCACUUAAAGAGAGUGUAGAAGUCGUAGAAGAUGUACUUGUUGAAGAUGAAUUACCAGUGGAAGAAGAUUUACCAGUGGAGGAAGAUUUACCAGUUGAAGAAGAUUUACCAGUUGAAGCAGACAAAAGAGUUGCAGAAUACGAACUAGUUGAAGUAGAUAUACCAGUUGAAGAGGAUAAUUCAGUCGAAAAAGAUAUUUCGGUUGGAGAAGAUGAAUUAGUUAAAAAGGAUUUACUAACUGAAGAAGAUGAACCAGUUGAAGAAGUUCUACCCGUUGAAGAAGAUUUACCUGUUGAAGAAGAUGUACCUGUUGAAGAAGAUGUACCUGUUGAAGGAGUUGUACCUGUCAAAGAAGAUGUACCUGUUGAAAAAUUUGUACCUGCUGAAGAAAACGUACCUGUUGAAGAUGUUCCAGUCGAAGAAGAUUUGCCGUUUAAAGAAGAUGCACCAGUUGUAGAAGAAGUAAGAGUUGAAGAAAAUGUACCUCUUGAAAAAGAUGUACCAGUUGAAGGAGAUGAACCAGUUGAAGAAUAUGUGCCAGAUAAUGAAGAUAUGCAACUAAAAGUGAGUGUAGAAGUCGAAGAAGAUGUACAUAUUGAAGAGGAUUCACCGGUGGAGGAAGAUUUACCGGUUGAAGAAGAUAUAAGAGUUGCAGAAGACGAACUAGUUGAAGUAGAUGUACCAGUUGAAAAGGAUUUAUUAGCCAAAGAAGAUGAACCAGUUGAAGAAGUUGAACUAUUUGAAGAAGAUGUAUCUGUUGAAGAUGUUCCAGUCGAAGAAGAUUUGUCGUUUAAAGAAGAUGCAUUAGUUGUAGAAGAAGUAAGAGCUGAAGAAGAUAUACUAGUUCAAGAAGAUGUACCACCAGUUCAAGAAGACGAGCUAGUCGAAGAAUAUGUGUCAGAUGAAGAAGAUGACCCACUUAAAGAGAGUGUAGAAGUCGGAGAAGUUGUACCAGUUGAAGAGGAUGUACAAGUUGAAGAUGAUUUACCCGUUGAAGAAGACGCAAAAGCUGUAGACGACGAACUAGUUGAAGUAGAUAUACCAGUUGAAGAGGAUAAUUCAGUCGAAGAAGAUAUUUCAGUUGAAGAAGAUGUACUAGUUGAAAAGGAUUUACUAGCUGAAGAAGAUGAACCAGUUGAAGCAGUUGAACCAGUUGAAGAAGUUCUAUCUGUUGACCAAAAUGUACCUUUUGAAGAUGUUCCAGUCGAAGAAGGUUUGCCUUUUAAAGAAGAUGAACUAGUUGUAAAAGAAGUAAGAGUUGAAGAAGAUGUACUAGUUGAAAGAGAUGUGCCAAUUGAAGAAGAUGGACCAGUUGAAGAAUAUGCGCCCGAUGAAGAAGAUGUGCCACUAAAAGAAAGUGUAGAAGUCGAAGAAGAUGUACUUGUUGAAGAGGAUUCACCGAUAGAAGGAGAUUUACCAGUUGAAGAAGACAAAGGAGUUGCAGAAGACGGGGUAGUUGAAGUAGAUAUUCCAGUUGAAGAAGAUAAUUCAGUCGAAGAAGAUAUUUCGGUUGAAGAAGAUGUACUAGUUGAAAAGGAUUUAGUAGCUGAAGAAGAUGAACCAGUUGAAGAAGUUCUACCUCUUGAAGAAGAUGUACCUGUUGAAGAUGUUUCAUUCGAAGAAGAUGUAGUCGUUGUAGAAGACGUAAGAGUUGAAGAAGAUGUACUAGUUGAAAAAGAUUUACCGCCAGUUGAGGAAGACGAACCAGUUGAAGAAUAUGUGCCAGAUGAAGGAGAUAUGCCAGUUAAAGAGAAUGUAGAAGUCGAAGUAGAUGUACUCGUCGAAGAGGAUGUACCAGCGGAAGAAUAUUUACGAGUUGAAGAAAACGUAAGAGUUGAAGAAGACGAACAGGUCGAAGUAGAUAUACUAUUUGAAGAGGAUAAUUCAGUCAAGGAAUAUAUUUCUGUUGAAGAAGAUGUACUAGUGGAAAAAGAUUUAGCAAUUGAAGAAGAUGAACCUGUUGAAGAAGAUGAACAUGUUGAAGAAGAUGUACAAGAUGAAAAAGAUGUGCCAGUUAAAGGGUAUGUAGCAGGCGAAGAAGAUGAACCAGUUGAAGAAGAUGUAACAGAUGAAGAAGAUGUGCCAGUUAAAGAAUAUGUAGCAGGCGAAGAAGAUGUAACAGUUAAAGAGGGCGUGCCAGUUGAACCCGAAGACAUCAAAGAAGACGGAGCAGAUGAGGAGAAAAUACUGGAAAAAGACGUGACACAAGAUCUUGUAAAGGACACGUGCGAGGAGAAUUUAACUAUGGAAGAUACAAUGGGAGACGGGGAUGAAGGAUUUGAAAAAGAAUCAGGCACUAAGCAUGUGCGAUUUUCUACUUCUUGUGACGUUUUUGAUGACGAAUCUAUAUCACUUUUAGAUACUUCAGGUUUCGAAGACGAUGUAAUAGUUACUGAUCAAGGAGAUAAAUUAAUUGAUGAGGCAAAAGGUUCAAUAUCGCCAAUCACUAAGGAAGGUGAACAGGAAAUUGAUAACGAGAGUCGCUGGGUUGAAAUUGAAAGGAAUCCAGUAAUUUGGCACACUGUGGAGAAGGAAGAAGAAGAACUAAAAAAAGGUAACGAAGAGCUAUCCUUUGCUCGAGCUGAGAAACCACAGAUAGAUGAACAAAGCGUGUUCGAACGGAUGGUAAAUGUCGGCGCUCGUACGAUAGUACAAGAUGCUAUCAAACAGGCCUUAAGCCGAACGGAAGAACAAAGUGAUGCACCUUUUACACCUCGACUUGUACGAACCGAAUGCGGAGACAUGGUUGUUGUGAAGGUGGAAGAAACAGGGUCAUUAGAGGAAAGAUACGAACUUAUGGAGUUUGAGUUAUAUGAACAGUACAUGAAGGAGAAAGGAACGUUUUCACCAAUGCAGCUUGAAUUCCCUUGUGAUGUGGAAAAGGUUUUUAGUUCGGCCGAAAAGUAUCAACAAUUUACGCUACCAGAAGAACUCGAAUAUAUAGGAGACGAUGAAAUUGAUUACGAGUCCGAAAGACCAUUACUUGCGUCGCAUUUAUCAAUAAUCAUGGAAGAACCGCCUUCAGGGACUGAAUCUUUAUCUGGAUCAUUAGUUAAAGUUCAAACAAAUGAAACUGUUCUCACAAGCACAGAUAUUGACUCAGCAGAAUUUGAAGUAGCACGUCCAAGUGAAUUUGAUAUUGUUCCUAGUAAUGUUCACGAAGCUCAGAGUAAGAGACAAAAAACAGAGGCCAACGAAAGUGAGAUUGUGCAUGAACAAUCUCUGCCAACCGCAGCUGAUGAAUUUAUGAUACUAUGGCCAUCUCGCGAAGAAGACCCUAAUUUAGGAAGUAGCGAUCUUAAGGAGAUUGAUUGUGCUGCGGAGGAAGAAACAGUUCAAGGAACCAUUGCGACCGAUUACGAGUUUGAAAGUUUGCUUUUAGAAAAAGAUAAGGCAAAGGAAAUGGAUUAUUUAAAACUUGAUUUAAGAGAAAGCCCUGAUGCGCCUUCGGAGUCUUCGGUAUCUCCAGGAAGCUCUGUUCGCAGCUGGAUAUCGUCUGAUUUAUCAUCUCUUGAUGACGAAACAACUGGUAAAUACCAGAAAGAUUACAAGGAAGAUCCAGAUUUUUCAAUUUCAGAGCAGGAAGAAAAUCUUGUGCACGAUUCAACUAGCCUAUUUUCAUGUGAAGAAAGCAGAGAGACCGAUAAGCAAACAUCUAAGCCGCAUGAAGAUUUAGAAGAUGUCUAUUCGAGUAAAUGUAGAGAUGCAUUAGAUUCAAUAAUCUUAUCACGGAGAGAUAACGAUUCCAGCGGAAACAGAGCAAAGACUAAACAUUUUGAAUUCCGCAGAUUCUGACCAAAGAGAUGAUCCAGAAGUAAUCGGGGUGACUGAAACAACGGGCAGAAUCGAAACACAACCUGAUAAUCAGCAAAUAUCGUUUGGUGAGGAAAUGGA